UUCUCUUCCAAGUUCCAACUUGAUAAGAUCGAGAUACUUCCAGACACGCGCACGCACACACAUAGGGCCGGAGACAGAAGAACAGUUAUGGCUUCAUCGGCGGUGAGCCACAGCCACGGCGGGCAGCACCAGCACCAGCUGCCGGCGGCUGGGAGCAUGAUGGCGCGGGUGGACCGGCUGGACCUGGUGGUGGGGUACUUGGAGGAGCUGCGCCACAGCGGCAGCGGCAGGUCUUCCACCACCGCCACAAGCACCUUGUCAUCGUCGUCCCCGACCACGCCUCGGGCUCGACCUCACGGGUGCCGGUCGGCGGAGGAGCUGCUGCGGGAGACCAAGGCCAAGGGGAGCCUGGUGGAGCGCAUCGCGUUCCUGGAGGACCGGGUGCUCCGGAUGGAGGAGGAGCGCAUGGAGAUGUCGUCGAGCAUGCAGACGGCGGAGUCGGCGAGGAGGACGAUGAGGAUGAUGAUGAACGGCAGCGGCGGGGCUGGGGCUGAACCGGGGAGUCCCGGGAGCGGGAAGAAAGGGAAGAAGGGGCUCAAGAGUUUGGUCAAGUCGUGCGUCCGAGCAGGCGCCAAGCUCAAGACCAAGGAAUAGUCGAGUCUAUACUAGUCCUAGUCGUGUGUGUACGUGCGUGUGUUCACGUGUAUGUACAUCAUGUACAGUUCACGUAUCUGUAAAAACAUGUUGUGAAAUCUACACGUUGUAGAAAGUAGUGAUACAUGCUUCGUGUGUUAUUUUUGC